CCGUGGGGCCAGAACAAAGCAUCUCCAGGUUAGCAGGAUCCUGGUGGUGCCCCUGCUGCCUUCUGAAGGUGGCAUAGCUCGCCCACAGCUCUGAGCAUGAAGUGGAACUGAGGCUUUCUGUACAUCCUGACAGGGUAGUGGCUCCUGUAAGGUCCUGUGCAGGAUGUUUCCAUCUCCUACAGCAUCUGGUAAGGAUGCUGUUGGCCUGAUCUGAGCAUGUAUGGGAAAUUGGGAGUCUGUGCAGGGUAGGGGGGAGCCUGGCCCAGCCCUUUGGUGGACCCAAACUGCUCUCAUGGUGCUGCAGAGCAGCACUUCUGGUCUGGGAGCUACAUUUCAAGUGCUGCAGCCCACGCUUGAUUUUCAGGUGACAAAGGAGUAUGUGCAUUGCAAGAAAAUGAAGGGAGUGGGGGGAUGGUUAAUGCCCUGCUUACCUUUCACUACUUUUUUUUUUGGUGUGUUUUUCAUUAAGCUUGAAAGCAAUUUCUUAUCAUGGCUGUAUCCAGGGGCCCUCCAGGCAUGAGGUAAAGCAAGGCAAAUAUCUGGCACGUGUUUUGUUUUCUCUCUCUUCUCCCCAGGCAAAAGACUCAUACAGGUGCAGUGCAAUUGUUUGAGGAGGAUUUAGGGCACCAAGUGCUGUGCAGCAUUCUGGUCUGCUGGCUGCUCCGAGAGACUUUUCUGUAGGGUCAUGAUUAAAAAGAAUGCAUGUGUGGUGCAGGCAGUCUGUGCCUGGCACAGGUGAUGGUGUUGCAAGAGCCCUGUGUUUUGUGUUUGCAGCCUUCUCACUCCUGGGCUCUUUCUUUAGAGUUACCAAAGCAAGAAACUUAUUCAUUGUCAAAGUGAAGGCUGAGGUUCUCGGUAAACUGUGACCUUGGGAGCUGGAGCCUUAAGGAAAGGAGAAAAACAAGAAACAUUUGGGGGUUGCUUUGAAGCCAGGAGAGCUGCCUUGCCUUGCCAGGCUAGCGCUGGCAGCAAGGGCAACCUUUGCUUUCACAAAGUCAAAGCUUUUGUGUGCACAGGACUUUUCCCAGGGCCCUUUGUAAGUUGUCCUUCCUGGCAUCUCACUUGACACCAGAGGACAACUCUUUCUUUGCUGUGGUCUGAUCCAGAGACCUUUGGGAAGACUUGGCAGAAGGAGAGACAAGGAUUUUGAUGCCACUUGGUGCCCUCCUGGCAGCGGAUUUGGGCCUGGCACUUUAAGCCCAGUGGUGGAGAGACAUCCUGUAAGAGGCCAGCUUUGCUGUGGCAGAGCUGUGGGGUAAGGAGGAAAGCAGGCGCGCUGCUCAAGUCACUGUGUUUCAUGUAGUCGUCUUGUUUCAGGCCAGUGAAGGUGCUGCAGUAGAUUACAGAUUUGCUCUUGCCUCGUGCUAUGGCUCUACAUGGCCUCAGCAGGACCACGACGCAAUAACCUGGGCCCCAGACAGGAGGAGAGCUUUGGCCUCAGGACAGACACCCUUCCAGCAGAGCGACAACGACAGCGCAGAGUGUGGUGCUUCGCCCCUCAGCAGCAGGCGAAACCCAUCUGGACUUUAGAGGGGCAGCAUGUGAAUGCCCACCAGGAUCUCAGCCCGCCACCCUCAGGGAUCCCUUUGCAACAAUCAUGCUUCUUGUACCCGCCAGCACCGUGCCCAUCGCAUCCCAUUGAAAGCUCCCAGCCCUGCCCAGAGCUGUGUGGGAGCGCGCUGCUCUACCAGCGCUCCUGCCUGAGAGCCAAACCCUACCGCUUUCCUUUCCGGAGCCCCCAGGACACCAGCUGUGCCCCAGGAAGGGCAAUGUCUUCCUUGCUGAUGGAGCCGUGCCUGCCACCUGUGCUGCCUGAGGAGGGUGCAGGGUCUGGGCUGAAAGGCUCUGCCCUCAGUUUAGGCUCAGCUUGCCCUCCGCAGGCUUCCAGCUCCUGCAGACCAGCGCUCCACAGCAACUCCUUCCUACAGCCAAGCAAUGCUAAAGUGCCUUUGCUGCAGUCGCCAGAAAUGAAGAAGCUGAAGAACACCACCGGUUUUCCCACCAUCUCAUGGCCACGCUCCAGGGCUGAUGGAGACUGCUUUCCCCGCAGCCCUGCAGUGCAAAGCAGUGACUGGGAACAAACCUCUGUCUCCUCCCUGACCCUCGUGCCCAGCAGUGUGACCCUGAGGAAUGAGCGGUGCUCUUGGCCAGUGGGGGACACUGAGAGAAAAGCACACAGCUUGUGUGAGGCAGAGCCCAAGAUCAGCCUCACGGCAACUGCGCAGCAGCUGGUCGGACAGACUGCCACCUGCAAUGGCUUCGGACACGAAGUUAAAAGCUCUGGCCUUAGGAAUGCAGGUGGCUUGUCCAACAGGGACAGAUCAGGGCAUCGCACCAUAGCACACCUCACUCCAGAGGAAACCAUUGCUCCCCCAAACUUGGAGAUGGGCAGCCAUCAUCUUAAUGGUAACUCAAGCCUUAUAGGCACCGAUGGUGCUGUCGUCUGCACUAAACGGAUCAGCGUUCAUCUCCUGGCCUCCCGUGCCAGCUCUCCCGACCACAACUCCAACUGCCGGCUCAUGAACACGCUGACCCUGCCUGGCAGUGAGCAGGGAACCAGAGCAGAGCCACAGCAGCUUGCUGCCAUCUCUGAAGUGGCCACUCAGAUGUCCAGCAUCCAGCUGGAGAAAAAGGAGAAGUGUGCUCACGUGGUGCUCUCAGAAAAGCCUGAUGUUGCUGCUGGGGAGUCACUGCUGGAGCUGAGCCAUCCCCAGGACGAUGUGGAGGAAGAACUUCCUGGUGGCCUGGAUGAGAGCUGCAGUCUGGAGGAGGAAGAGAACAGUGACUCGGAUGCUUCCUCCGUCACUGGCAUGUCAUCUAAUGACUCUGUGGCUCUUGUAUCCAGGAAAUGCCUCGAGUGCCUGGCCCAGCCCACUGAGGAUCAGGAGAAAGUGCUCAAACCCGCUCUUGUCUGCAGUUUAUUCCCUAAUGUGCCUCCAACCAUCUACUUCAGUACUCACGAUGAGAGAGUGGAAAAGCUGCCUUGGGAGCAGAGGAAGCUGCUGCGAUGGAAAAUGUGCACGGUCACACCGAAUAUCGUGAAGCAAACCAUUAGCAGAUCUCACUUCAGAGUCAGCAAAAAAAGCAAUGACUGGCUGGGUUGUUGGGGCCACCACAUGAAGUCCCCCGGCUUCAGAGCCAUCAGGGAGCACCAGAAGCUAAACCACUUCCCUGGUUCAUUUCAAAUUGGGAGAAAGGACCGUCUGUGGCGCAACCUGUUGAAGAUGCAGACUCGUUGUGGGAAGAAGGAGUUUAAUUUCUUCCCCCAGUCCUUCAUCCUGCCCCAAGACAUCAAAUUACUCAGGAAAGCGUGGGAGGAAGGAGCUAGCCGCCAGAAAUGGAUUGUGAAACCACCAGCAUCAGCAAGGGGCAUUGGCAUCCAGGUUAUCCACAAAUGGAGCCAGCUACCCAAAAGGAGGCCACUGCUGGUACAGAGAUAUCUGCACAAACCCUACCUCAUUGAUGGGAGGAAAUUCGACCUGAGGAUUUACGUGUAUGUCACUUGUUACGAUCCCCUCAGGGUCUACCUGUUCAAGGAUGGAUUGGUUCGCUUCGCUAGCUGCAAGUAGGUUGUACAACAGUGGUACAGGGGAUCUUCUUCGAUCAGCCGCUCGUGGCUUUGGCAGCCACCUCGGCUUGGGCAGGAGGCAGUCACACUGUGUAUGGUGAUGGAUGCUCAGAGCUCUAGCUUGCUUGCUCAAGAAGCAGUCUUGAAAUGCACAGGUUCACUGCAGGUGAAAGGAAAUGUGAAAGGAUGUUUUGUUCAUCCACCUUUUCCAAGUCAAGAUCAGCUCAGAGUGAAGCAUUGCUUGAAAUGUGCAGUCUGUGCUUCAAGUGGAUGCCCUGGAAAUUUAAAUGCUUCAUCCAGUUUUGACUGUAUUGUCUUGUGCUGCUGUAGUACCAUCACUGCUUUUGCCUGGUGAUGCUCUGGUCUUU